UAUUUUUGCAUAGCUUGUAAUCCAUAUGAAAUUCUUACAUAUAUGCAUUUAUUUGCUCUUUGGUACUUAUGGAUAUUGUGCUUUACAGGAUGCCUCGUAGAAUAUCAUCAUCUAGAGGUAGAGGACGGGGUCGACAGGACACAAUAUCUCAACCCAUGCAGUCUUUGAGGGAUGAACAAGAUGAAGACCAAAGCAUAGGACAUGAGCCACUACAGUUGCCAGUGGAUACUCAAGUUUCACCUACUCCACUACAGUUAGGGGGGCAAGUAGCAGCAUCGUCAUCAUCAUCAGUUCGAACAAGAGGUCCGAAUUUAGGGCAGCCAGCACCAGUAAACCCAACAAAUCGACAGAUGAUAAGAUUAAGGGGCCUUGUGUAAGUAACAAUAUUUAAGACGGUUGAGUAAAUUAAACAAAACUUCCACAAAAAAAAUUUUCUUAUUAAGUGAAGUUUUUUUUACUUUAAAUGUUAUUAAUGGUGCAGCUUCUUGGAUAUAUCUGUCUCUCGCUCAAUAACCAAUGACAUUAAGAUGCACUUUACAGCUCCAUGGAAAACUUGGGCAGAAAUACCCAACAAGAUGAAGGAUGAGCUAUUUGGAAAAUUUCAAGGUCGUUACAUGUGGGAUGAAACUGAAGAGCAGAAUGUGCGUCUUGCUUGGGAUAAGCUUGGGAAGGAUAGAUUUCGUGAUAUUCUUAACAGAGCUAGGAAUGAAAUGUUGGUGAAGCACAAGAAAAGUGAUAUUGCUUAUUUGCACAAUCUAGGACCAAACUGGAUGAAAGCAGAGGUGUGGAAUGAGCUUGUUGCUUAUUGGAGUUCUCCAGAGUGGCGAAAGAAGUCACAAUCUGCUAAGAUUAAUAGAAUGACAGUAAAAGAUGGGUCAAUUACAAAACAUGCUGGUGGUUCAAUCAAAAUUGAGAUUCAUGAGGAUCGAUUGGUAUAAUUUUUAAAUUUAAGUUA